AUGACUCGGCAGGAAGUGACUUCGUCGCCUGAGCUCGGCGACUCGGAGCCGGGGUGGAAUGAAAAGUCGAUGGAAACUGAUGGCAAACCGCGUUAUCAAGAUGCAUUUGGGGACGAGUCGAAUGCUGAAGUGAAGUACAAGACAAUGGAAUGGUGGCAGGCUGGAAUGUUCAUGAUUGCAGAGUCCGUUUCCUUGGGUGUUCUGUCGUUGCCAGCAACCCUUGCACAGCUUGGUCUUGCACCGGCUCUUGUAUUAAUCAUCGGUCUCGGUCUCCUUGCUACAUACACUGGCUAUGUCAUUGGACAAUUCCAUCAGUCAUAUCCUCACAUUCAAAACCUGGCCGACGCGGGAGACGUACUUAUGGGAGCCUUUGGGCGAGAACUUUUCGGUAUCGGCCAGCUGCUCUUUUCCAUUUUCAUCAUGGGAAGCCACAUCUUGACAUUCAGUGUUAUGAUGAACACAAUCACUGAGCACGGCACUUGUACUAUGGUUUUCACGACUGUCGGAUUUGUUAUCUGCAUGGUGUGUUCGCUGCCUCGCACCAUGAAGAAUAUGACCUAUAUCUCCGGCGUCUCUUUUGUCAGCAUCUUCAGUGCCGUCAUGGUCACCAUGGUCGGCGUAGGCGUCCAGGCUAACGGAGUCUCAAGGAUCAAGGCCACCAUCGACACAGAUUUAUUUCACGCGUUUACCGCCGUGACUAACGUCGUCUUUGCCUAUUGUGCCCAUGUUGCAUUCUUUGGCCUUCUUGCUGAGAUGAAGAACCCGAGAGAUUUCCCAAAGGCACUUUACAUGCUGCAGACCUUCGAGAUCAUCUUCUAUACUGUGGCCGCCGUUGUGAUUUACUACUAUGCCGGCCAGUCUGUCGAGUCUCCGGCUCUGGGAUCCGCGGGGCCUCUCCUGAAGAAGGUGGCAUAUGGCCUUGCCAUACCGACAAUCGUUGGUGCUGGUGUUGUCAACGGUCAUGUCGGGCUGAAAUAUAUUUACGUCCGUCUUUUCCGCGGAACUGAUCGGAUGCACCGUCGUGAUCUGGUUUCUAUCGGUUCCUGGAUUGCCAUCGGCUUAACGUGCUGGGUCAUUGCUUGGAUUAUUGCAGAUGCUAUUCCGGUAUUUAGUGACUUGCUCAGCUUGAUCAGCUCUUUAUUCGCUAGCUGGUUCAGUUAUGGGCUUGGUGGCGUCUACUGGCUGCAUAUCAACUGGGGCAAGUGGUUCUCCUCCCCGAGAAAGAUCUGCCUUACAAUCAUCAAUAUACUGAUUGUCUUGAUUGGUGGGUGUAUGUGUGGUCUCGGUCUUUACGUCUCAGGAAAGGCGAUUCACGAUGAUGCCUCCAGCAACAGCUUCUCCUGUGCCAGUAACGCUUGA